AUGAAUGAGCUAGCCGUGGCAUGAGUUGUUGUUAAAGCUAAGUUGCCGGUUGCAGCAAAGGCAACACCUUCAAAAUGACAAUUAUCUAGCUACGCUAAGGUUAGCUCGGUUUGUUGACAAGUUAGCUGGCUACAUUCAUCAGCUUGUCACUUUUAAAGUUGGUGCUAGUGUUUCUCUCUGUUUUACUUUACAGUUUGCCACUGUGUACAAGGCCAGGGACAAGACCAACGACACGAUAGUUGCCAUCAAGCAGGUAAGAGACUCAGCAUGUCUCUAAGAUCUGUGAUGAAUGGUACAAAGUAAAUUGCCAGGAGCAGCUGUUUUUUUGCUGUAAGGUUUUUGUGUAGGCCUAACACAUGCCCAGAAGGGGUAUAACCUUGGAUGUAUAACCACAGAUAAAACAAUGAGCCAGAUGUUUCACCGGAUGUAUGUAUCUGAAGCAUCCGGUUGACAUUUCCACUCACCAUGGUGAUGAGAGGCUGGCAGUGGGAGAGGAUGGAUUUUGGCCGACAUUCUGCUAAUUUUCUCAUUGAUGAAACAUUUGAUCACUACAGUUUUCUGCUCCCAAAACUAGAAUCUGUUACGAACAGAGUGGACUAAGUUUUUAAGACUACACUUUGCCAAAGUCCCUGUAUACGCACAACUGCGUGGCCCAAAUUUCUUUUCCAACUCCAACCUCAAGUUCCCUGAUGACGUGAUGGUGGUGCCAGGUAAACAACCUCUUCCUCAACGUCAGCAAAACAAAGAAACUGAUAUUGGACUUCAGGAGGAACAAAGCUGUGCACGCCCCCAAAUCAAAUCAAAUUGUAUUGGUCACAUACACAUAUUUAGCAGAUGUUAUUGCGGGUGUAGCGAAAUGCUUGUGUUCCUAGCUCCAACAGUGCAGCAGUGCAGUAGUAUCCUCAUCAACAGGGCCGCGUGGAGACGGUCAAAAACAUCAAGUUCCUCAGCGUACACAUCUCAGAGGAGCUGAAAUGGUCAAAUCACACAGACAUCGUGGUGAAGAAGGCACAAGAGCGGCCCUGAAGGCCAUCACAGUGUUCUACAGGAGCACCAUCGAGAGCAUACUGUCGGGCUGCAUCAGAGCCUGGUAUGGCAACUCCACCGCCGCUGACCGCAAGGCUCCACAGAGGGUGGUACGCUCAGCCAGGUGUUGCAGGAAGGCCAAGAAGAUCAUCAAGGACCUCAGCCAACCGAGCCAUGGCCUGUUCUCCCCGCUUCCAUCACUCAGACGCGGGUAGUAUAAGAGCAUCAUGGAAAAAACUGUCAGACUGUCAGAGUGUUUACAUUUGUAAAUAUGUAUAUAUUAUUAUUAUUAUUGUUUCAUACACUUUUCUUUUGGACCUGCACUGUUGGAGCUCAGAGUUUAAGAAUUUCACUGUACCCUGCAAUUACAUCUGCGACCCUGUGCAUGUGACUAAUAAGCUCAUCUAUCUAUCUAAAAAUUGUGUUGUUUAAAAGGAGUGCAUGGGUGAACGCACUUCACGUAGUAGGCGUUCCCUAACGAAAAUAUGCAAAUACAUGCUAGAAUGCGCCAAUUGGAUCUAGCUAGGUUGUGCUUGGCUCUGCCCACCUCCUUGCUUGUUCUGCUCACUAUGAUUCAUUUGCUCCCAUUGGAAAUGACAGUCUGUGGUCUAUCUUGGGUUAGUUAUAACAAUCUUUGGUAUAACCUUGUGGGGAGAACAGAACACUAAGACACUCUGAACAAAAUAUGCAAAUGAGCUAUGACCAUGGUUACAUAAUGCCAUUAAUGAAACUUGUUGAUUUAAUAUCCACACUAUGUCGGUUUGAUGUGUUCAUAAUGUUAGCUGUACACUAUUAAUAGUGUGUGCUGAUUCUCCUGACAGAUCAAAGUUGGACACAGAGCAGAGGCUAAAGAUGGUGAGUGUCUGUGCAUCCCAGUACAGUUCAGAGUGGUUAAAACUAUGUAUCGGGGUGAUUUCCCAGACACAGAUUAAGCCUAGUCCUGGACUAAAAAGCAUGCUCAGUGGAAAAACUCCAUUGAAAAGGCUUCAUCUUUUUUCUGGGAAAUCACCCAAUGAAAUUUGGUUCUGAAUAUUUGUCUCAUGUUUGUUGGUCAUGUAUCUCUCAGGCAUCAACAGGAAAGCCCUACGAGAGAUUAAACUACUGCAGGAGUUAAGUCACCCAAACAUUAUCGGGGUAAGAAUCUAACUAAACUCCUACUGUUUAAAUGGAAACUGCCAGUAGUAAUAUUCAUGCUUUCCUGGUUGAGCGUUGCAUCAAUUUCAGAAUUCAUGAUAAUUUAGAGCUCAUUUGGAUAUUAUUCCAAACCAAAGCACCCUGUAUAAACGAUACUAAUUAUCUUGCUCACCAUCACCUUUACUGUGAAAUUAUGUAAUGUUCUCAAAGAAAGCACAAUAUCAUAUAUGUCCCUACACUUACAUCAAUAUAUGUCCAUCAUGUUUCUCAGUUCCUUGAUAUAUUUGGGCACAAAUCCAACAUCAGCUUGGUGUUUGACUUCAUGGAGACAGACCUGCAGGUAAGACUGAGCUUUAUGUUUUGGUCAUAUUGGGCCGGUUUCCUGGACCCAGAUUAAGCUUGCUCAAUGGAUAAACUCCACCGAAAUGGCUUUUUACUCCAAGACUAGGAUUAAUCUCUGUCCAGGAAACUGGCCCCAGUAAAUGCUGACAUUCACGGCUUUAUUCUAAAAGUAACCUUGGACACUAGAGGCCACUAGAGGGAUACUCCAUCCAAUUCACAGUAUGAAGGUUCUGUUCAUUCUGAUAGCUCGCUGUGAUGUCCUCCUUGAGGCACAGAUAUGGGUUCAGUCAUACUGAACAUCAAAGACUGGCUGAUGCCCAGAGAGAACCAGAGAGUGGGAGCAACCUGAGAGCUAUGGUAUUAGUUUGCUUAUAUCUCUCUCUCUUAGGGGUUCUGUAGGGCCAGCUCUGGUCCUGGGGGACCCCCCUCUCUGUCUGUCUCUCUGCAUCUCUGCCUCCCUCUCUCUGUCCCUCUGUCUCACUCUCUGUCCCUCUCUCUCUCUCUCUCUGCCAUCCCUAUUUCUCUCUCUCCUUAUCUCUAUCUCUCCCAUUUGCUCUGGAUAUAUGAGAGUCUGUGCCUGCCAGAUGACUCCAGAUGAGUGCCCAUGUUCACUGCCAACUCAGUUAGAGAGUAGGAACACAGACCCCUUAGAGCCAUAAUUAAGGAUUGAUAGCUGGUCUUAAAUAAUCAAUACCACCCUCCCCGUAGCUCUCAAGAUGAUGUAAUGACAAUGAUCAAAUCAUAGACAGACAGAAAUAGCUCACAGAGGACUGAAAUAUUCGGAGGAUUUGAUAGCCUGAGUCUACAUAUAGAGAAAUUCUCUUCUGCUUGUCCUUUCCUGAGAGGCGUUUUGUUGUCUGUGGACCUUCAACCUUGGAGUUAAGAAAGGUAGACUAUUGAGAGACUGGCUGACACCUCUGGUCUAACUCUCUCUCUCUCCUGUGUUCUAGGUGAUCAUUAAAGAUACCAGUCUGGUUGUGACUCCAGACAACAUCAAAGCCUUCAUAGUGAUGACUACAGCACCUGGAGUACAUGCACCACCACUAGGUCCUGCACAGGGUAGGUUCAUGCACACACCUCAAAGCACCGUCAUACAAUACACACCUUCUCAUAGGUGCCUGUGUGAGGUGAAGUUAGGCGUGGUAGACUCGUCUCCACUUCAGAAAUGAUAUUUGUAAUUGUAUUUUAUAUAAAUUAUGUUUAUUAUAAAUCAAUUAUAUUUGCGCCAUAGUAAAAUACUGUGUGUAGGAUCUGAAGCCCAAUAACCUGCUGCUGGAUGAGGAGGGGGUGCUGAAGCUGAUUUUGGUUUGGCAAAAGCUUUCUGCAGCCCUAACAGAGUCUAGACCAUGUCAAAGUCUUUAUUGUCAGUUUAUUUUAUAUUUUUUAAAAUAGCAUUUCAUGUGUCACUGUGUUUGCGAUACAAUGUUUGCUCUCUCAGGUGGUGGUGUUUGGUGCCAGGAUGUAUGGGGUGGGCAUCGACAUGUGGGCCGUGGGCUGCAUCCUUGCAGAGCUCCUCCUACGGGUACACACACACCAUAAGCUCAGUCCAAUUUAAACAUUGAGACGAGACAAACGGGGUUGUCUGUAGAAUGGCACUAAAACAUUCUGAAACUAGGCAGCUCAAUUGAACUUUGUUCUGAAAUUGUCUUGUCUCUGCGACUUUUUUUUAUCUAGACUGAGCAUUAAGAUUCAGACUACUGUAUUGUCAGACACACACCUUUCUGUAUACAUAAUGAUGCAUCCCAAAUGGCACGCUAUUCCCUAUAUAGUGUACUACUUUUGACCAGGGCCCAUAGGACUCUGGUCAAAAGUUGUACAAUAUAUAGGGAAUAUGGUGCCAUUUGGGACUCUACCCAUGCUCACUACAUGUUUGCUGUAACACCCUCUGUCUCUCUCUAGUUACCAUUCCUAACAGGAGACUCAGGUCUGGACCAGCUGAGUAAGAUCUUUGAAGCUCCUACAGAUGACACCUGGCCUGUGAGUGUAUGUAUUUUCUGUGUCUGCAUGUGUGGUUCAUUUAAGACCAAGCAUUGCCUUUAAAAUAUCGGGGUCCUCAAUAAUACAUUGUGGAUUUAAAUAAUGCCUUCAUGUCUCUAUCUAACUGUGCUUCUCUCUCUCUCUGUAGUUUGAAUUGUUUUCUGGUACUCCUCUGGAACACGUCUUCAGUGCUGCAGGAAACAACCUCUUAGAACGACUUCAGGGUCUAUUCACCUUCAACCCCUCCACACGCCUUACAGCUACACAGGCAUACUAG